GAGCGGAGGGGAGGCUGGCGCUCAGUCUGUUCGCUCGCAGGAGGAAUCAGCAGCAGCAGGACAAUGGACUGUCUCCGCCACGGAUCCUAACGGGCACCGGGCUGUCUCCGACACACUGGAAUAUAAGGAGGUGAAUGUCAAACAGCUCCAGGAUGCUGCUGCCCUUAUCUCUGCUAACCUGCUGUUCACCAGGAGGCAUCUGAUUUACCAAACAUGAUGAAGACUGAGCCCCCAUCGGCCACGGGGGGCAACGGGACCUCCGGUGGCAGCAGUGGGGGAAGCGGGAGCUCGAACCUACGGAGUCCAUCGCCCCACCGCAACGCCUAUGAGGCCGGGCUAGCUGCGCUCAAGAAGGCCACCGACCACCUCAAUAAUGCAGCCAACGGAGCCUCUGGCCCCCCCUCAAAGCCCGCUCCUCUGCCACGCCCAACUGGGAGGGGCCGGAAAUAUGGAUCAAAUGUUCACAGAAUCAAGAACAUGUUCAUGCAGAUGCAGUCUCCUGGAGAUGAGGAGGACGGAGCCAAAAUGAUUGCUUUCCUGUCAUUGUCAGGUAAAGAGCAGGCAGUGAAACUGUCCCUGCCGAGGGCAUCCAGCCUCAACGAGAACGUCGACCACAGCGCCCUGCUCAAACUUGGGGCCACAGUCUCAGAGAGGGUCAACCGCUUUGACUCUAAGCCAAGCGCGGAGGGUGGAGGCUCCUCUGUGGGCUUCUCUAAGCUCCAGGAGACCAGGAGGAUUUUUGAACAGCGGACUCUACAGGAGAAGCAAGCUGCCACCAACCGGAUCUUGCUGAAGAAGGAGCGGGCGUCAGGCUUCCAGGACAGCCGUCUAGAUGUUGUGGCUCGCUUUAACGGCUCCACCGAGGCUUUGGACCGGCUGGACGACCCCCCUGUUUCCGCUCCCACUCCCGCUACUAUUCCCGCUGUCGCAGCUUCAGUGGGGCCCGGUGACGCCGUCAGCCCAACAGUGAGCCAGCUCAGUGCCGCGUUCGAGAAGGGCGAACUGCAAAACAAUCUCUACCUCCCCCAGCGUCGGUCAGGACCUGCCCUAGCACCAAAGCCCAAACCCCCAGCCAGAGCGGAGCCUACCGGAAAGGCGAAGAUGUUACCUACAGAUAAGGAGGACUGCAAGGAGGUGCCAGCUGGAGCUGUGAGCACCCAGGCAGCAGAGCUAGCAGAAGCGACAGAUAGGAGCAUAGAAGGAGUGAUGGCCAGCGAGGAGAAGGAAGGGUUCGGACAGUCAGGAGACCAGCUCUCCAACUCAUCCUACUCCUCAUCGUCCUCAGUGGCUGUCACUUCUUCCUCUUCCUCUUCGGAGGUCAAACCGGAGUUGGAGGCCCAGGCCACAGCGACUGAAGCCAGGGGCUCAAGCACAGUGGCUGCCUCAGAGCGGGAGCCACAGGUGGAUGAGCAGGACUGCUCCACCGGGGGGUCUGAGGCCGGAGCCAGGCUGGUGCAGGCCGAGGUUCAUGCCUCGCUGGAAAAUGGAGAAAAACAGCCUUCAAGUUCCUCCCCCUCCCCAGAGGACAAAGGAGCAGACUCUGAGAGGAGGAGGAGCAAGGAAGAGGAGGAGGAGGAGAACGACGAGGAUGGCUCAAGGAAGGACGAUUACUCAGAGGGGGAUCUGGUAGAUAUCAGUGCGUACAGCGGGCUUGGGGAGGAGGACUCUGGGGGCAGCCAGCUAGACGAUGAGGAGGAUGAGGAAGAUGAGGAGGUGUAUCAGCCGGAGACCAGCUGCUCCGAGAUCCCGGGCCUCCCUGAGGAAGAAGAGCCCCCGCCCUCCAAUAGGAAAAUUCGAUUUAGCACUGGGCCAAUCAAGGUUUUCACCACCUACUCUAACGAAGACUACGAUCGGCGUAAUGAUGACGUUGACCCCAUGGCAGCCUCAGCCGAGUACGAGCUGGAGAAAAGAGUCGAGAAGCUGGACCUAUUUCCUGUGGAGCUGGAGAAAGACAGUGAUGGUUUGGGUAUCAGUAUCAUAGGUAUGGGUGCAGGAGCUGAUAUGGGUCUGGAGAAACUGGGGAUCUUUGUUAAAACGGUCACCGAGGGCGGAGCUGCGCAGCGAGACGGCAGGAUCCAGGUAAAUGAUCUGAUAGUGGAGGUCGAUGGGACCAGCCUGGUCGGCGUCACUCAGAGCCUUGCUGCCUCUGUUCUGCGCAACACCACUGGCACCGUCAGGUUUGUGAUUGGUCGGGAGAAGCCGGGGGAGCAGAGUGAAGUGGCUCAGCUGAUCCAGCAGACCCUGGAACAGGAGAGAUGGCAGCGAGAGAUGAUGGAGCAGAGAUACAAACAGUACAUGGAAGAAGAUGAAGAGACAGGUGAAUAUGCAACAGACGAGGAGGAGGAGAUGAGUCCAGUCUUUCCAAACUCCAUUGAGGUUUUCGACCUGGCCGAGAACCAGGACAUGUCCCCCGUAGAGCUCGACCCGGAGAAGCUGGCCCACAAAUUCAAGGAGCUCCAGAUUAAACAUGCAGUUACCCAGGCGGAGAUCCAGCUGCUGAAGAGGAAGCUGGCUCAUGCGGAGCAGGAUAAGUUGCGUUGGCGGAUGGAGCGCGCACAGUUGGAGCAAAACAUCCGGGACAGUAAAGAGAGGAUGGAGAAACUGGAGGGCUACUGGAUGGAGGCACAGUCCCUGUGUAAGGCAGUGGAUGAACACCUGAAGGAAACCCAAGCCCAGUACCAAACCCUAGAGAGGAAAUACAGCAAAGCCAAGAGACUUAUUAAAGAGUACCAGCAGAAGGAGAUCGAGUACCUGAAGAAGGAGACGGCUCAGCGUCGAGCACAGGAAGAGAGUGAUGCAACACACAAAGAAGAGGCGGACAACCUGCAGGAGAAGAUUACAGACCUGGAGACCAAAGUGGAUGCCCUGAAGACCCCCAAACCAUCCUAGACUGCUGCUACUUCCUACCUCCUGUCUGUGACUGGAAGAGGAGGAGCCUUCAUUCUGACCCGGGCUGUAUUUUAAUCCAAUCAACCAUUUACUGCACGGACAGGUAGUGGGGGGAAAAAAGAUUAACAAGGAUGAGAGGACGAGGAGGGCAACAUACAAAGAGGACAAAAGCAACUUCUCAUCUGACAUCUUGCGGCGGCUUAGAGCUCUGUCAGUCACUAACCACUCCCAGAAUGCUCCUUCUAUAAUACCCAGAAUCCUCCUUUUGUGUCUUCCUGGCGACCGGCUUGGUAAUCAACAUGGAAACCCCAUUCAACGACCUGUACUUUAUUUAUGGAUGAUCUGUUUUGGUUCCUCCUCUCUUCAGUAACAGUGUGUUACCCAGAUUCUGUUAUUGAUUCAGAUUUAUUUUAAAAAAGCGCUUUUAUUAAACAGGCUUGUCACGAAGUGCUUUAUAGAGUGGCAGAGGGCAUAAAUGCAGAAUAAAACAGAACAAAGACGAAAGGACCGACGUCAUUUGAUUGUUGUUAAUCUGCUUUUGAACUAGGUGGUUGCUAAACCAUUCCUUUUUUCUUUUUUUUUGUUUGGGACUGGACUGGAUUGUGAUGAAGAGGUCACACGUGUUUUCUGUGGCGUGGCAGUGAUCACUCGAUCAUGGCCACCUCAUUUUUCACCUCAAGACUCGACACAAAUUUUGAAGCGGAACCUUGGUAGUAACACGCAACAAAGACUAACUUUGAAAAGGCCACCUGCUGAAAGUUAAGUAAUAAAAUGAUGUUAGACAAAUUUCUGAUCAGCGACAUAAACUGUGAAAUAACAGAACGCCCCUCCCCCCAGCCUUUUCUAGCCUAACUCUCUGCAAGCGAUGGAAGGAAUCGGGCAGAAGCCUGCAUUUCAGACCUGAACUGUGGUGGCAUACUGUUUGUAUAUAUUCUACACAUGUAUUUAAAAGUGUUUAAAUGGCUUAAGCAAUUAAGUGGGUCUGAUAUCCAAGAGUAGGACAGUGCAAGGAGUGAAUGACGUUGUCUUGCUGUGGAGGGCGAAAUGGUUCUGUAGUCCGGAUUCAGUCUGUUUCAUCUCUUUUCUAUCAACAUCAAUGGCAAACAGGGUGUGAAUAGUCUAAUAUGUGCUUUAGUCUAAUGGUGUAUGUUGGUGUUUAAUACAGUAUCUGUGGGUUUACAUGCACACCAACAUCCUGUUCUUCAGGAUAGUCAUGUGCUACAUUCCUGAGUUGGUGCAGGGUUUUCAGAAAUCUACUCUUAUCCAGGGUCACAAAAAAACGGAAUAUGCUAAUUUGAACAUUUCUGAGGCUAUUUUGUGUACAGCUUCCACUCACACUCACUGCAUAGUUUCACGAACUUAGUCUACAUGGUAAACUGAGAAUAUUCAGUUAAUUCCUUUCUUCAGAAACCGCCACGGUUCUUUAAACAUUUCUUGGAGGCUGAACUGCUCUAGAAAUAAUCUCAAUUAGUUAAAGUAAACACGCUGUAAGUGGGUGUCAAAACUUCACUGACUGACUGAUGCUGGAUUUUUGAGUCAGAUAUUGAUAUUUUUAUUCAGUUUUAUUACAAAAUGCAAACUAAAGUAUGUAUUUCUAUUAAGGAAACAUUUAAUUUGGUUAUCAUAGAACUGAAGAGCUGUAAUGGUAGCACUGUUUCCAAAUAACAAACAUAUUUCUAGCAUUUCUGAACUAUUUCCUCUUAUCAGCUAAAAUCAACUGAUGAUAUCGGCUUCUGCUGGGAGCAAAGAAAGGCCGUAAUAAUUUGACUUUUUGAUUUAAGCAUACCUAAUAGUGUGUUAAUCAACUGCUACUGCAUACUUAAUGUUGACAUUUAACUAAGUCCAGUCGCUCAUCUGAAUAUUUCGUUCUUGAGUCAUGUGACUGACAGGCCAUAACCUGAUAGGCCAGCUAGAUCUGAUUGAUUCCUUCAGGUUUGACUGAUGAUCCUCAGCAGCUCGGAUGUUCAAGUUUGAAUUUUUCAUCUUGAAUUUUGGUGUCUGAAUGCAACCGAUAUCUUUAAAUCAACCUGAUUGAUUAUUAUUCUUUUCUUUUUUUCCCUAGUUGAAGUUCAAAGAUAAAAACUUGACUGAACUAAAUUUGAGUAGAAUUUUGUGAAUAUUGAAAGCCUAUGAAAAAGCUUUAAAUCAAGUUUUUGAAAUUGUACUCUCCUUUUGUACAUUUCAAAGGGAAUUUAAACCACAUAGAGUCAGAAAGAUGGUUUUCAAAAUAAUAUACUUCAGUGGUAUGUAAAUGUAGAAUGUAGGUAUUCACUAGUGGUUAAAUUUAAAAACAAGCUAUUCUGUUGCUUAUAAAAUCCAAAUUACUAUUGCCUUUCUUUGCUUCCAUAUUGGCCUGCCAGUAUAUCAGGCUCUACUAGCUAGUGACGUAGGUUUGCUAGUUAGCCUUUCUGAAUGUUUAAGUCUUGUUGUUCUGUAUAUGCUAAUUUAGCCUACUGACAUCCUAAAAGCGUAAAAUAUAAUCAUCACGAAUGAAAAAAGUAAGUCCUUGCCAAUUUAAAAAAAAAUUGAUAUCAGUAUUUGUCUUUUCAAAUCAGCUAAUGAAGCCUUGUUAUGCUAACGGACUAGUUUGGCCUCUGAGAAAUGUUAAUACUAGACCUUAACAUGGAUAUGAGCUACAGUGUUAUUCAGAAAACUGUGUGCAUGUAUACACACCCCACAUCUCUUGUAUUAGGAGAUGAGUAGAAGGUCCGAGUGCCAGUAUUAUGACUUUAAUGAGUAUAAAUGAACGUAAGUUAGUGAUACAUGCCUGACAUGCUCCAAAUAUGGGUUAUAAACAAAAGUCUUGCUGUGGUCAUUAAAACUCAGAUCGUUUUCAGGAAACAAGAACCACUGGAGGUGCAUCAGGUUCAUCUUUGUUUUUUCCAAAGUUUCUUCUGUGUUUAGAUAAAUCAGAUAAGUUGCAAGAGAUUCAAGCAGCGUGGAAGUUGUUAAAAGAACUUGAAAUACUUGAAGCAACCACAGAAAUAGUAUUGCUUGUCAAUCAAUAUGUGCUCUUUGGGUCAGGUCUUAAAAAUAUAGGCUCCUCUACCAGUGAUGGAAAUUUGAGUCACUUACUGUGGAUUGUCCUUGAGAGUUUUCAAACAGGCUAAUGCAGCAAUGUCUUAAUUUAUCUGUGAAAAUAACUAUUUAAAUUGGCUCUUCAGGACUGAACCUGUCACUCUGUGAUUAGAGUACAGUGUCUGUUUAUACAUUAUGAUUAUAUAUGUAACUAUUCUGAUUUGACUAUUACCCAGUGAUUGAGGAAGACUGUCUAAUGUGCCAUUUAGGUUCAUAUUUGCAUGUGGAUGGUAAAAUGGUGCUCAGUAUGUUCACACACAAGUAAUUUUGCUGCUCUGAUGUUGUUACCAUGAUGAUUAUUACGAGUUUGUUUAUCGUGUUUAUCGAGAUCAGCUUGCUGGCAAGCUCUGAUAAGGUUGCAUUCAUUUAAAACACUGAACCAGAAAACAAAUUGGUCAAGCUUCUUAACCAUUUGUGACUUUUUCCCCCUGUUGUAAGAUAGAGAGAAGCUCAGUCACAAUCCUCAUCCUGUUUCACAAAAACAAAAGUAUGUUAUAUUGCUUUAAGCUGUGUUUCAUUUAGCCAUACUAAUUUAUCACUUCUCCAGUAAAAUGUCUCAACAACUAUUUGAUGGAUUGCCAUGAGAUUUGGUACACACAAUCAUGUUCAAGGGUGAAUUGUAAUAACUUUGUUAAUUUAAUUUGACAAAUACUUUGGUUUAAAAGCAAACUAAUGCCAUUCCCAUCAGCCUCAGCUGAUGUUGUUAAACAUGCUGAACUAAGAUGGUGGAAAUGGUAAACUUUAGCCCUGCGAAACCUCAUGCAUGUUAACAUUGUCACUGUGAGCAUGUUAUCAUUAGCAUUUAACUCAUUUAGGUGCAGCCUUAAUAGAGCCAGUGUGGUUGCAGACUCCUAGUCUUCCUAAUAUUAUAAAAUAUGAAAAGAUAUUUAGUUUGAUUGUCAUUUAACUUUCACAAAUAUGUCUGCUUGUCAUGAAAAUUCUAAUCUAAUGUUGUACCUCCAAGCCUGUGAUUUGCUAAUGGUUCAUUGAAGCAUGUCACACUGACACAUUGAUGCAUAGUGUGACAGAGCAGCUUCAGAAGAGCAGAGGAGACCAACUUCUUCUGCAGAUGUAGUGUAAAAGCGCUUUGAGUGGUCGAAAAGACUAGAAAGGCGCUAUACAAGUACGGAGCAUUUACAUUUACAUUACAUUUACAUUUACAUUCUGGUUCAGUGUUUUACAAUACCUUUAUAUGAUGACAUGCAUCUUAAAAUAAGGCAUUUGCUCUCAGAACUUGUUAUGCGCUGACCAAUCUGUCCCCAUAUACUUCACACCCACUCAAAUGGCAAGUCCAAGUUUGAGCUGCAGCGUCUGAAUACCAGCUCCCAGCCUUGACCUCUGACCUACAGGAAAGGAUUAUUUCAGUGGGCAAAGUUGCUGUACUGCUCAACUUAAGAACUGUGAUGUUCUGUAUAAAUGUAAUGUAUUAUUUAGUCACCAACCGGAAUAUGAGAAAUGUUAACCAACUGACAAAGGUCGUUUUUCUGUUUGUAAAUGUGAGCUACUCUGUGUCUCUCGUGCCCUGGAUAUAUGAUGAAAUAUGUCACAUUGUGCUAUAGGGCAACUAAACACACACCUCACAACCACAAGAACUGUUUGACUGAUGGAUGGAUUAGAUAUCAUGAUAGAAUUAUGUUUGGAUUAGACUCCAAACUCACAGUAUACUGUUGAUGUUUUCAUGUAAGAUUUUAUCUUGGUUUUUUUUUUUAAAGACACCAAGUAUUUGUUCAAAACUUGCAGUAUAUUUACAUUGUAGUCCAGUUGGACAGAACAAGAGUCUUCGAGAUGCAGAACAUUUUUAAAGGAAUGAAAAUCAGCCAUAAGCAACUCGCUUGAGUAUUUGUAUUUUUUAUUACAGUUUCAUCUCUAUGUCAAACCAGUGUGAGCUGUACGAUGGCUGUUUUAUCACCAAAUGGAGUCCUGGUCACUUUAGGGUUAAAAAAUCUAAACACAGUAAGUGAUCACUUUGCCUUGUUAUGACUUGUUCUCAUUGUUUAACGUGCUGCUUUUGCCUUUUACAAAGCCUUCAGAUGUGUGCUAGCUAGCUGUACCGUAGCUGACUAUCACAGUUGUUAACAAUCAUGGCUGCCCAUCACUCAUGCCUGCAUUAAAAAAAAAGCAAAACAAAAUCAGUGUGCUGUUACCAGUGUUUAAUGAGUGUUUGCCAGUGAGCGCAGUACAGACAAACUGCCAGGUUGGAAGACGGACAGAUUGUAGCACCACAGCAUUUAACUAUUGUUACAGAUUGGAGACGGACUCAUGCCCUUCUCCACGGCACUUUCCCAGUGUUUUGUCAUUAUUCCUCAUAUUUUAAAUGGUAAUUAAACUCUGCUCUUUCCCCUGCUUCACAUUCAGAGAGCUGACCUUCAAACCCGCCCCCCCCCCCCCUCCCCACGGUUGGCUUCUGAGCCGUUCUUCUGGUGCAGGGGAGAGGCUUUAGUGCCUUACUUAAGGAUUAAGAGUAAUGGGAGUUGAGAGUGGGGAGAGCACGCCUGCCUUUCACCAGGAGAACAGCUGAAUGCAUUUACAACACUGUAAACAAAGUGUUGUGGCCAUUUAAAGCCAUCUUUGACACUUCAUCCCUUGUGAAUAAGAUACAAUCUUAAUUUAUUGGGAAGUUUUGGAGCACGUAGACUCAUAAUUCACCAUGUCCAAGGCUUGUGCACUGUGUGUGCACAAAGCAUUCAGCGAUGCUCUCAGCUUUCCCAUUGCCUUCGAUGAGCCUCCGGGUCUGACAAGUCCAGUUUGACCUUGACCUUUGGCCUUGUUGAUGGACGACGAAGGUCAGAUGGGGAAAAACUACCUGAAUAGCUUGCAGAUUCUGUCCUGUAACCAUUGGCAACCAAUCUUUAGAUACUGUACAGCCAGAGCUGAUACAACUAGUAGAACAUAUGCCUCAUGUGUAUUAUGUAGAUCAAGUAUAAGCUUGAAACUUUUAAGAAACUAGAGCGGAAAAUACUGUGAAAAGGUAAAAAAAAAAAAAAAACAUGGUCGUUUUUAAAACUGUUUUUUUUUUGUUGUUGUUGUUGUUGGAAUUUUCCAUCUGCUUUGUUCUGUUAAACUCCAUAGCCCAAAUUUCAUGGCAUUUUGGAGCAAUAACAGUCUUCUUUUUUUUAACCCUUUGCUUGACUUCUUCAAAUACAUUGAUGAACUCAGAGAGACGUGUCAGGUGGUAGAUGAAUGUCCAUGGGCGGAGGGGUGCCAAACAGGGUGAAAAGGACAAUCGGAAAGUGUAUAAGCUGACCUUCGAGUGUAUCUUGGAUCUGAAAUGGAUUUCCCGUUCUUUAGUUGAUGCCACCACGUUUGUCUGAACCAAUAACUGUCUGUCAGCAUUAAUAAAUAAACAUAAAAUAUGUUGAGCAACAAA